CAAUUACAUAAACGCUACGUCACAUAUUUCCAGUGGGGAUUUUAAUUAUCGGUUAUUUUAAAUAUAAAAUGAAAAUCACAUCGGGGUUUUUUUUAAUGUCGUUAAUGCUCUUCGGCAACAACAAAAAAGAGAACGAAAAUUCAAUGAGCAAAUCAUACACUGACUGGUCCGUGAAGGCAACGUGACCUUUCACACACACGCACGCGCGUACAUGCACGCGCGCACUGCUCACUUGCCCGGAACCGCCAACGGCUUCGCAGCUAACACUUAGCAGCUAGCAGGGUUAGCGAGCAUGGAGGAGUUUCUGUCGAGUUGCCACGCAGCAGUCAAGGCAAACACGGACGCAUCGGGACAGGCGUUCCAUGUGGUUCUGGGAAACGAAGCCUGUGACCUGGAUUCCAUGGUGUCAACCCUCGCGUAUGCCUACUUCCUGUCCAAGACGGGCGGGGGUGAGACGCUCAGCCUCCCGCUGCUCAACAUCCGCCAGGCCGACCUGGUUCUUCGUCCGGACAACGUGUUCCUGCUGAGGAAGGCCGGAUUGUCACCGGACCUUUUGCUCUUCCGGGACCAGCUGAACUUGGGAGCUCUCCGAAGAGCUGGGCGGCUCCUCCUCACCUUGGUGGACCACAACAUCCUUCCCAGUUCAGACAGUGACCUGGAGGGGGCGGUGGUGGAGGUGAUAGACCAUCACCUGCUGGAGAGAGAGCCCCGCCCCUCCUGCCCCGUCACCGUGGAGAUGGUGGGCUCCUGCGCCACCUUAGUGACAGAACGCCUCAUCCAGAAAGCUCCGGAGAUCCUCGACCAGCAGCUCGCCGAGCUUCUCUACGCUACGAUCCUGACAGACUGUGUCAACAUGGCGCCCGCGGCGGGCAAGGUGACGCCCAAAGACAGUCAGUACGUGGCGGCGCUGGAGGCGCGAUUCCCCUCCAUGCCACCGCGGGACGCUCUCUUCAAGGCUCUGCACAGCGCCAAGUUCGACGUGUCAGGUCUCAACACGGAACAAAUGUUGUUGAAGGACAUGAAGAGUCUCUCCGGAAGUUUCUCUCUCGCCGUGUCGGUCCUCUACCUGCCCCUAGAGGUGUUUUUGCAAAGGGCGGAGCUGGAGGCGGAGCUCUCACAAUUCUGUCUCAAGUUCGGUUUUGAGCUGCUCGUCAUGAUGAGCAUUUCCUUCACCGAGGGCAACGAGCCAAUCAGAGAACUCGCCCUCUUCAGCCACAGCACCGCCUGCAGGGAGCAGGUGAGCCAGUACCUGGAGCAGACGGGAAACCCCGCCCUCGACCUCUGUCCAAUCAGCAGCCCUCAUCCUCGCAUCACGGCGUAUCACCAAGGAAACGCCUUGGCGUCCCGCAAGAAGCUGCUCCCCCUCGUUAAAGACUUCCUGAGGGCGCGCGAAGACGAGGAGUCUCGGGUGCCGCCCACGCCCACAAACAGCCUGGUGGACGGCUGCCCUCUGGACCACGGCCUGCCCGCCAUCAGCGAGCGUGCUCUGGAGGAGAAGUUCAGCAGGAUGGCCGACAGAGGAGGGUCUUGACCUGUCCGUCGUCCUAAAAACAUUUGUCCUCUGCUGGAAUUCAAGUCCACAUUUGUAAUUCAAAUCAAGAAUAAAAUGUGACAAUAUUUGA